ACCGACCGACAACACCUUUUUUCGACAACCUCAGUUCGCAGGAAGUGCAGACAGCCCAUUUCCAGCAUUCAAGAUGGCCCGUCGUCCCGCGAGAUGUUACCGCUACUGCAAGAACAAGCCCUACCCUAAGUCCCGGUUCAACCGUGGUGUCCCCGACCCCAAGAUCCGUAUCUACGAUCUCGGACGUAAGAAGGCCAACGUCGACGACUUCCCCACCUGUGUGCACUUGGUCUCCAACGAGUACGAGCAGCUGUCCUCCGAGGCUCUCGAAGCCGCCCGUAUCUGUGCCAACAAGUACCUUGUCAAGAUCGCCGGUAAGGAAGGUUUCCACCUCCGUAUCCGUGUGCACCCCUACCACGUCGUCCGUAUCAACAAGAUGUUGUCGUGUGCCGGAGCCGAUCGUCUCCAAACCGGUAUGCGUGGUGCCUUCGGUAAGCCCAACGGUCUCGUCGCCCGUGUGAACAUUGGCCAGAUCAUUCUGUCCGUCCGCACCCGUGACUCCAACCGUGCCGCCGCCAUCGAGGCUCUCCGUCGCUCCAUGUACAAGUUCCCCGGUCGCCAAAAGAUUGUCGUGUCCAAGAACUGGGGUUUCACCCCCGUUCGCCGCGAGGACUACGUCCAGCUCCGCCAGGAGGGCAAGCUCAAGCAGGACGGUGCCUAUGUCCAGUUCCUGCGCGGUCACGGUCCCGUUGAGGAGAACAUGAAGAGAUUCCCCGACGCCUACGAGAACGUUGCUCAGGCUUAGAUAUGGAAUUGAAAAAAGCGAACUUUUUGUGUUAAUCCCCUCAAUUUGAUGUCCUUGUGUCUCCCCCUCACGCACGACGGAGUUGUUUAAUCAUGGUUUUUCCACGGCUUGUUUCUUCUCGCAACACACCUCAACCCUGAUGGCAGUGACCUGUGGUAAUGGUAGUGACCAAGAGAUUAUUACGAUAAGAAUUUUACAAACACGA